GACGGACCGUACCUUCUACCGCUGAGAUGGGUUGAUAAUAUCGAACUUUGCGGCGCAACAUAGCCUUUUCACAGCCACUUCGCAGACGACCAACACCCUUGACCCGCGUAGAUGAAGUCGUCCGACCCCGUGCGGCCCAGCAGCCGUCGCGGCGCAUCGGGUGCGUGGAACCGCCUCAAGCCGGUGCGAGAAGACGUGCUAGAAUCCUACGGCCUGCCCAGCAAAGGCGAGACACGACUGAAUGACUUCCGCACGCAGGAAAUGUUCCUAAACCGCAUAACCGAGCGCUACAUGAAGCUCUGCGCUUUGAACCGGGCCGAUCUCGACUCUCUCUUCGCCUCCGCGGCCUUGCCUGCACCGACGAACCUCACGUGCUCCUUCUCCUCGCUCUCGCUGUCCAAACACGCCCCGGCGCCCAAGCCAGCGCCCCUCAGCGGUCUGAACUCGCCCGGGCUGCUCGCAGCCUCGCAGCUGUCCGCGCAAGAACUAGCGACGGUGCUCUCGGCGUUGCGGAAGCUGCGCGAGGGCGUGACAGCGAGCGGGCGCGCGGAUGCGUUCGCGCACAGAGCGUACUUGUUCACGAUCCACGUUAGCAUCCUGUGCCGCGACUGGGCGUCGUACGUGCCCGCGCUGCACACGCUGCUCUACAGCUUGCACCCGCGCAACCCGCUGUGCCAGAGCCAGCUGCAGGAGUACGUCGGCUACCAGGUUCUCGACCAGGCGUGCCGGCAGGGCGACUUUGCGGGCGCGCGCGAGACCAAGGUGCGGUUCGGGUUCAAGGACAGGAGAGUAGAGAUGCUGCUGGCUGCGCUGGUGAGCGACAACUGGGUUGCGUUUUGGAGGGCGAGGAGGGGCGUGGAUGGGUAUCAGCGCGCGCUCUGUGGGUUUGCGGAGCAGGGGGUUCGGGUGGGGGCGUUGAAGGUCAUUGGGAAGAGCUAUUUGGUGUGCGAUAGGAGGUGGGUGGAGGAUGCGGCGGGGAAGGAGUGGGAUGCGCUGAAGGAGGAUGGCGUGGGCUGGGAGCUGGAGGACGGUGGGCGGGUGAUGGUACGGCGGGUCAAGGCGAAAGAUUCGGGGUAGGUUCAGCGGUGAGAGUGUUCAACGGGUAUCAUUAAUCUAACGCGAUGCAUGAGCGCACCACUUUUCACUCCUCCAUGUCCUCAUCCGAAUCCGCAUCCGCAGCCCCCGCCCCAUCCUCGUCGUGCCACACGUCGUCGUCCAUGUCAUACUCGUCGUAAUCCAUCUCGCUAUCCUCCUCGCCCUCAACCUCAUCCUCGUCCCCCUCCCCCUCCUCGCCCUCGGCACCCCCACUCGCAGCCUUGGCAGCCUUCUUGCGCUCGACAUUCUCCUUCUGCACCCUCCUCCGCUCGGCCCUUUGCGCAUUGCGCGCCGCCCACUUCUUCUCGAGCGCCUGCUGCUCGGCGCCCGUCUUGGUGAUGAACUCGUGCCACAGCGUCUUGCCGGCGCACACAUCCUCGUCGACCUUUGUCAGGCGCAGCGUCA